UAUUGCGGGAAAAUGCAUCCUUGUCAUUUCUGAUUUAUAACAAAAAACAUAACAAUGCCUAAACUGCUGUGAGACAAGGUGCACAGAAAACAAGAGAAAGUCCAGUGAGCACGUCCCUCUUAACCUAGCGGGUCUAAGAUAUGCGAGGCUGUCUGGUGGUUCAAGUAAACAUAUUUUAAAGUGCAAACACUUGUCAGUAUCGCACUCGUACAGACUCUUAAUCUGCUGGGUAGAAUUAAGUCCGUACAGAAUGGUGAGCGAUUUGACCAAUCGGGUGAAAGGGGCGUGACAGCACCGCCCACAUGUACGAAUCCCAUAUUGAGUCCGAAAUCCGUUUUUUAAACGACAAACGAAAAAUGAAAAAUCGGGGCGAAAUCUAAUUUUUCGUUUGUUGAACUAAACGAAAAAUGAAAAAACGAGUCAUCUUUCAGUUUCCAUUAAUUUAUUUAAUAUAGGAUAUCAAAUGAAUAAAACGUACACGGACCCAACAGCAGCCGACAGUAGAUGACUUUUCUGAAGAAAAGAAACCUAGAGCUUGUGUGGAGGUCUGGACUCGUAUUCUUAAAGCCAGUAAGAAAGCUCUUAAUUGAGCUUAAAAACGUCUAUGUAGUUGUCCUAGUUUAAAAACGAUUCAGGACCAAUCAGAGAGAAGGUCAAUCCGUGUAUCAUUCGUUCUUUUCAUAUUCAAUUGAGAUAUCAAAAUCGGAAAAUUAAAAAACGGUUUGUUUCUUCGUUAUUCGUUUAUAAAUGUAAUACCAAAAAACAAAUAACGGGUCAUUUUUCGUACUUUUGAUUUAAUGCUCAGAUCAAAAAUAGGAAAUGAAAUAAAGGGGGAACGACCGAUUUUGAUUUUGAUAUUUAAUUUGUUCGAUUUGCGUGAACCGGAAGUUAUCUUCGUGUGUGUGCGUGUGUGUGUUGCACUUGGAAGUUUGCCGUAAUUGCAAAAAGUUAAAAGAAGCCUGAAAAACCUCAAUCUUGCAGUGAUUGACUCAGUAUUUUUUUGUAAUUUCGUAUCGACACCAUGGCCGCACUGGAAUCAUAUGCUGAUUUAAUUAAAUACUUAUUUGAAAAUUUCAAGACACAUAAGGAGAUUUCCGCUACGCUGCAGAAGACGGGUAUCCAGCGAUGUUCUGAAAUGAGUGUGAGAAGAUUCUGUGUUCAGCACAACCUUAAGCGAAAAAGACAUGUAUCGGACACAGAACUGGAGAGGGCUGUGGUUGGAUCAAUAUAUGAAACAGGCCCGUCUUAUGGCCGCAAGUUCAUGACUGGCUAUCUGUCUUCAAUUGGAGUCUGUGCAGGAGAAUGUCGAGUUGGGAAAAUCCUGAGAGAGAUUCAUCAGCCAUACCACGAAUUCCGACGCCAGGGUGCUCGUAAUCUAAAUCCCAUCCCGUAUAAUGCUGAAUAUAUGGGCCAUAAAAUUCACCUGGACCAAAACGAGAAGCUUGUGAUGUUUGGAGUGACGCAUGUCGUGGCAGUUGAUGGCUACAGCAGCAAAAUUGUUGCCAAUGCCACCAUGCCAGUGAAAAACAACCUUGUGAUUUAUGAGGAAGUUUACAGAUCUGCAGUGGUUAACCAUGGGAUGUGGGACCAAGUCAGGGUUGACCAUGGCAAGGAGUUUUAUAUGUGCUUGUACAUGCAAGAGAUGCUGUCAAGACAUAGAUACAACCCUAGCAGGCCACCAUACCUUCAAACAACAUCAAAAAGGAAUCUUCGAGUGGAAAGGAUUUGGCCCGAGGUGAACAAUCGCGUGAACUACCCACUGAAACACGCCCUGGUACACAUGCUGGACCAAGAAGUCCUCAACAUGGAGGACAAUUUGACUAAAUUCUGCAUUUCAAACCUGACAUGUCAGUUAAGUCAAAUUGGACUAGGCAGAGUGGUGCAAUCGUGGAAUGCACACAGGAUCCCAGGCCGUGGGAUACCCAAUGAACUCGCAGCAGGUGGCUGUCCAGCUAAAAUCUCUGAAGAGCUGUUGCCCAAUGCCUCUGUUGUGGCAAACAUGUAUGAGCAAGAUUUUGGAUCCUCGCUGACUUGGGAGUCAGUAUUUGGAACUGACCCAUUUUCAUCUGAGGAGGAUAGAUGUCAUGCAGAACAAGACUUUGCAGAUACCUACCCUGACAUCUCUCUUCUUUUUAAUCAUGUGGUAAACAAUGACUAUACACCUUUCCAAGAUGCCUUGUUGCACUUAAUAAAUGUCACCCAAAGAUAUGUCUGAAAAAAGUAACUGGAAUGCUGUGGUAUUGAGUAGCUAGGACAUCAGACUUUGUUAGUGCUGAUUCAAAGUUUGUCCACCAUUUAUGCUAUUAUAGUUUUGAUAUAAAAUCACUGUUGAAUAGACUAUUGAUCGGUCUCAGUGUGUUUUGUUCUUUACUUCAUCAAACUGUAUUCAGUCUGCAUACAGCUUCUAUUGAUACCCUCUUAAUUGUUGCAUUUUUUACUGUAUG